CUGCUAGUGGUUAUCGCGUUUGUAUUGAAUCUCAUUGCUUUCGGAUUAACUGUUGCGGCCUAGCAGAGGAGAAGUACCAUGAAUUGUUUUUUUUUACUAUCCUUACUCUCAGAACUCCAGUGGUGUUUUUAAUAUCUGGGUUGGUUUAAUAAAGUUCAUGCUUCCAUGGGGUUUUGUUUGGUUGCUGAGGAAUGUUUGUAUAGUUUCUGGGUUUUGCAUUCUUUUUCCUGUUUGGUUGCCGAGAAAAUUUGCAGAAACGGAGUAAGCAAUAUUUGGUUUCUUAUUGGUGGGCCCAAGAUUAUCCAGGACAUUGAAAAGUAGUAAACUUCCUGUGUGUAUGAUUCAGACGUGUCAACCGGCUAUGGAGUUGGCUCGUUUUUCUUACUCUUUGCCAAUCAAGUGCUUACGAUGAGGGCAAGCUGAUGCUUUCUUGCGGCAAAUCUUGAUUUUUAGGGUUUUUCAAAUGUGGAUUCUUUUAAAAUAUUGAGUGAAAAAUUUCAAGUGGAUACUCGGGCUUUGGACUCGGUCCACACCAGAAGCCCAAGGUUCGUCUUAACAAAGAAGAUAAAAUUGGGGUUUACAGAAUUACCACUCUCCCAAAACUCCUCGUAUAUACUCCCAACACCAACCAACACUCGUCCACUCUCUGCAGUCCAACACCAAGAAGCUCACCAUCAAGAAGAAACAAAAAUGGUGAACGUUCCGAAGACAAAGAAGACGUACUGUAAAAGCAAGGAGUGCAAGAAGCACACUUUGCAUAAGGUAACACAGUACAAAAAGGGGAAGGAUAGUCUUGCAGCUCAAGGAAAGCGGCGGUAUGAUCGGAAACAAUCUGGUUAUGGUGGACAAACCAAGCCUGUCUUCCACAAGAAGGCGAAGACUACUAAGAAGAUUGUUCUGAGACUUCAGUGCCAGAGUUGCAAGCAUGUGUCCCAACACCCGAUCAAGAGGUGCAAGCACUUCGAAAUUGGUGGAGACAAGAAGGGAAAGGGGACUUCAUUGUUUUAAGCAUGUAGCUAAUGUGCUGAUACAUUUCAUUCAUAUUACUUUUUUUUUUUUCUCUUUGGUUUCCUCAGGUUGUAUUCCAUUUAGUUCUGCUCUGUUGUUUCUGCAGAUAUUGGUCUUUUGAAAUUUGGUUCAAUGUGGUUCCUAUAGCAUGUUUGAAUUGAGCAGAGAAAUGAAAGUAAAAUAUUUAUAA